UAGUUCUACAACAACAACAAAACGACCCUCACUUACACUUAAAACGACAAAAAAAAAAGAAAAAAAGAAUCAUCCUAUUUUCCUUUACACUUUCUCGAGAAAAUGUCAGCUUGCAGUAAAAUCCGUUACAUUGUUAGACUCCGUCAAAUGCUACGGCGGUGGAGGAAGAAGGCGGCGAUGACAGCUCGCGGCCGUGUUCCCUCCGAUGUACCCUCCGGACACGUGGCAGUUACUGUGGGUACUGAAUGCAAGAGAUUCGUGGUGCGAACGACGUAUUUAAAUCAUCCAUUGUUUAAAAAACUGCUAGCGCGUGCUGAGGAAGAGUAUGGUUUCUCAAAUUCAGGACCAUUAUCGAUCCCCUGCGACGAGGCAUUGUUCCAGGAGAUACUUUGUUACCUUGCUCGCUGCGAAUCAGAUAAGAAUAACGUCGGAUGUUUUAUCAAUUUUGAGGAUUUUCAGAGAUAUUGUCAUGUUGGUAUUCGGAGUAAUCUCGAUUUCUGGGCUGAUUCUAGACCUCUUUUGAAUGGAAUCUCCGACAAUUCCAUUUGGUAAAUUAUUACAUGAUACAAUUGAAAUUUCGAGAGUCAAUACCAAACUAAUUGACCGAAAUUUCUUUAUAUGAAGAGAAAACUAAAAAAUAAAAGAUGCUGCUGAUUUUGAUCCGGGUUCGACUCGUCCGAGUUAGUUCGCCUGCAUAGUUAAAUCGCUUGACUCGGUGGUUCAAGAGUCAAGAGUCGAGUCUACUCCGGAGAAUGUGAUUGGAGAUGGCAAAUGGUGGGCAAGACUUUUUUUACCACUGAGUCGUCCCGGGUUCGACUCGGAGUGAAAUUCAAGAAUAUCGAGACACUAAUCAUCAUGAGGAGCAGACAAAUUAAUGUAAAUUUUUAUUUAUGUUUAACAUGAUUAUUGUUGAUUGAUGAUUGGAAACAUAUAGAGAAAAUUUAAUCAA